GACAGAAAGUCCACAGCUGAAGAAAGACGGGAAGAGUCAGUAAAAGAAACUGGCAAAGAAAAAAAUACAGAUGAAAAGCGUUUAUUACCAGAGAAUGUAGAAGUGUCCAGGAAGAGCAUGUGGAGAGCCGGACAGAGGGAGAGAUGGAAGGGAAAGAGGAGAGAAAGGCUAGGAGGCAGCGUGGAGGACCUAGCACAGGAAAAUGAAGUUAUUGAGAAAGAAAUGAACCGUGGAAUUAGAUGCCGAAACACACAAAAGCACUGGGGGUCCAAAGAAAGACGAGACGAGGAGUCUGAAAAGGAGGACAGACUAGGAGAAAGAAGGCAAGGGAGCAUGGAGGGAGAUCCAGAGGCAAGAGGAACCAUGUCACAACACGUUUUCUCCAGGGUCUUCGCUCACUCCUUUGCCUCGUCCUCUUCUUCCUCAUCUUCAUCCUUCAACUGUUCCUCAGCAGAAAGUGACGAAGUGUUCAGCGAGGGAGAGGAGAUGGCCAAGAGGAAGGACGUGAGGAGGUGUCGAUCCUGGAGGACAUUCCUGACCAUGAUGCAGUGGUCAAAGCGUAGACAGAGCUCCUGGAUUCAGCUGGCUGGACACCAAGGUAACAUCCAGCUGGGUGAAGGUGGGGAGGUGCUAAAGAGAUUUAACGAAGUAGAGGACAGCUGUCUGCAGGCACUCAUGUCAGACCCCCUCCGCCGAUUCGUGCCUCAGUAUUACGGGCACAUCAGCAGGAAUGGAGAGUGUUACAUCCGUCUGGAGGACCUGCUGAGUGGCCUCAAGCAGCCGGUCAUCAUGGACUGCAAAAUGGGCAUCCGGACAUAUCAGGAGGAGGAGAUUGUUAAAGCCAGGACCAAAGCAAGCUUGCGGACUGAUAUGUACCAGAAGAUGGUGAAAGUAGACCCUACGGCUCCCACAGAGGAGGAACACGAGCAGAAAGGUGUAACCAAGUUACGCUACAUGCAAUGGAGGGACAGCACCAGCAGCACUGCAACACUAGGGUUCCGCGUAGAAGGCAUUAUGACAGAGAAUGGGAUUGUACUACGGGAUUUUAAUAAAACGCGAACGAAAGCACAAGUCACUGAGACUCUGUUAUUCUUUACCAAGAGGCAGGUUCAUAUUCUAAAGGCCUAUCAGUCCAGACUAGAGGCCCUGAAAGAGACUUUAAAGGAAUCUGCCUUUUUCAGCAGCCACGAGGUCAUAGGAGGCUCUCUUCUUUUUGUACACGAUCACACCGGCAAGGCCAACAUAUGGAUGAUUGAUUUUGGGAAGACCAUACCAACACCUGAAAACAUAUGUCUGAAACACGAUGUUCCAUGGGUUGAGGGGAACCAUGAGGAUGGCUACCUCAUUGGUCUGGACUCCCUAACCUCUCUGUUGCGUGAGGCCAUCAAGGAAGCUACAAGUGAAAACAUGAAGAGCCAAAACCCACAGACUGACCACAAGGAGACAGAGAGACUUAAUCAACCCCAGUCUGAGCUACACCAGCCACCAUCGGACUUGUUAAAGGAAACUACAAAUAGCAAUCACCUUGACUGA